GUGGGGGCCAGUAAGUACUACUUUGAGUUUGACUAGUGUGUUUUUGUCGAGGUGGAGGCUGGUUUGACCUCAGUAGAGCUCAUUGGCUGUCACUGAGAAACUGCAUAAUAAUGAGCAGACCACCAGCCUGACUGCAGGUUUCCUGUUAUUUAAAGCUUAGGGAGUCUUGCAGAGAGAGAGGUAGGAGAAGGUGUGGUGUGUUGUUGUUAAAGAUGAUAGCUGUGGUGUUAAGCAGUGUUUUAGCAGGACUCCUGGCUCUUCUCCUCUACCAGAGGAUCUCUUAUCCUUUCUUCUGGCUGGAUCUGAGUUACUACUGGAGGCUCCAGAGCUACAGGAAGACUCUGCAGGCUCGUAUGCAGCGAGGAGUCAUCACAUACCUCGACUGUUUCCUCCACCAGGCGAGGAAGAGCCCCAACAAACUCUUCAUCAUCUACGAGAACCAGAGGCUGACCUACCGGGAUGUGGACCGGAGAAGUAACCGGAUGGCCAACGCGUUCAGAGCGGACGGUUCUCUGAAACAAGGAGACAUUGUCGCCCUGUUGAUGCUCAACGAGCCGGACUUCAUCUGUGUGUGGUUGGCUCUGUGCAAACUGGGCUGCGAGGUCGCUUUUCUCAACGUCAACAUUAAAGCCAAAUCUCUGCUGCACUGCUUCCACAGCUGUGGAGCCAGGACGCUGCUUGUAGGCAAAGAUUUGGUGCGUUUGGUGGAGGAGGUGUUGCCGGAUCUGAAGAAGGACAACAUGGCGGUGUGGGUGGUGGAUCACACCUCACCCUCUGAGGAUUUUAGCAGUUUACUAGAUAAAGUGGAACACAUGUCCGGAGAAACCUUAAGUGACCUUCCUAAAGUCGACAUCAUGUCGAACUUUCUCUUCAUUUUUACUUCGGGAACUACAGGUCUCUCCAAGGCAGCCCGUGUCGGUCACCUGAAAGCCAUCAUGAGUAUGGCGUUCUUUCAAAUGUCUGGCGCCACAUCUGAUGACAUCAUCUACAUCACUCUUCCUCUUUACCACAUGUCUGCCUCCCUGUUAGGGAUCGGAGGAUGCAUACACCUCGGUGCAACGUGCGUGUUAAAAAAGAAGUUUUCUGCCAGUCAGUUCUGGAAGGACUGUGUGAAACACAAUGUGACGGUGGUGCAGUACAUAGGAGAGCUCUGUCGAUACCUGUUCAACCAUCCCACGGUUCCGGAGGAGAGAACUCACAGUGUCCGGCUGGCGGCAGGAAGUGGUCUCAGAUCAGAUGUUUGGAGGGAUUUCGUCAAACGCUUCGGUAAGAUCAAGAUCAGAGAGGGUUACGGCUUGACUGAGGCCAGCAUCGGCUUUCUCAACUACACCGAUGAAGUCGGACCAAUUGGGAGGGCGAGCUAUUUCAACAAGCUUUCUAUGCCCUUUGAGCUCCUGAGAUACGAUCCACAAACAUACGAGCCGGUCCGCACAGACUCUGGAAGAUGCAUGCGAGCACAAAUAGGAGAGGCGGGGAUCCUGGUGGCUCCUCUGACCGCUAUGAACCAGUUCUUGGGCUACGCUGGGAACCAGGUCCAGUCUGAGAAGAAGCUGCUCAAGGGCGUGUUUGCAGCUGGGGAUGUCUACUUCAACACUGGAGACCUCCUGCUCCACGAUCACAGGGACUUUCUUUACUUCCGUGACCGAAUCGGAGACACCUUCAGAUGGAAAGGAGAGAACGUGUCCACCACCGAGGUGUCAGAGGUUUUAGGUCUUCUUGAUUUUAUCCAGGAGGCCAACAUCUACGGAGUCACCAUACCAGGACAUGAAGGUCGGGCAGGAAUGGCUGCUGUCGUCUUAAAACAGGAUCACAAAUUAAAUGGAACAAAACUCUACAACCAUUUAGUAGAAACGCUCCCUGCGUACGCCUGGCCGUGGUUUCUCAGAAUACAGAGCUCUCUGGAUGUGACGGAGACCUUCAAGCAGCAGAAGGUGAAGCUGGUCCAGGAGGGUUUUAAUCCGGACGUCACUCAGGAUCCUCUGUAUUUCUUAGACGUCUCUCAGAAGGACUAUAUUCACUUGACUGUAUGUGUUUAUCACGACAUUGUGUCUGGAAACAUGAAAUUAUAAACGUUAUAGGACACGUUAAUGCAGGAAUACAGAGAGUCAUAAUCCUGGACCUGUAAAAUGAAGUGUUACCCCUUAUUGUUUUGGAUGGGAAUAUUUCAUAUUUUAACACCAUUUAAAAUGAACUUUUAAUGACGUUAGUUUGUAGUUUUGGAUUUGUUUAGUUUGUCUUUUCAUGAAUGGAAAUCUAAUAUUUGCAGAAGUCUGAUGAAUGAAAUGAUGAAUGAAUUUCUGGGAGCGUUUCCAUGAUGAUGGCACUACGGUAACCGUCCAACUGUAAAAACUAACCUCAGCAUGGCACUUAGCACUAGUGACAUGUACAGUUAUGUCUGGCCUAUAAUGGAAAUGUCAAUAUAAAUUUGUCUUUCAACUCAUAUUUCACCAAGUGUGUACAAUCGUUUGACUAAAUAUUCAGUUGAAUUUUAAUAUCUCUGUAUAUUUGUUGAUAGACCAGUAAAAACACUGUAAACAUUCCUAAUAAAAAAGAUAACAUGUUCCUAUUUAUGUAGGCCUACUGUUAUUGGACAUGUGAAUUUCUGUGGGCUAAUGUAUGACUGUGAAAUUUUGAUUCAUGUCUGUAAAAUAUGAAUCCUCUCCUGCAUAUCGUUGCCUCAAAAGAACAUUAAAAAGUGUAUGUUUAAGUAUCUA